AUGGACCCUUUGAGCAGAGACAUCAUUCGCGCCGAGGUCGACGCAAACAACGAUCGACCCGACACUUUAUCCUACAUCGCCACUCAUGGGCCAGAUAUUGAGAGAGAGUGGUCUGAAUCUGAUGGGUCCUUACCCAUUUCACGGAAUGUCACCCAUACUUACACGAAUGCCACCCAACACACACUCCACCCCGUCGAGCUUGAGCGGAUAGCAAGGUCGCGGACACAGCAUCAGCUCACCGUGGGCAGCCGACCAUCAACCGGCGCACGACGGCGAUCGACAGCUACCGUGCAGACGUUAGGUGCCGGCAAGCCUUUACCACCCAAAGACAACACCGAAGGGUACGUUGUCGAGUUUGAGGGCGUCGACGACCCCGAACACCCACAGAAUUGGCCGUUUUGGUACAAAGUCAGAACAUCCAUCAUCUUUUCCUUCAUCACCUUCGUGGCCUCCUUCUCGAGCGCAAUCUUCUCCUCCGCCAUCCAGCAAGUUUCUCACGAGUUCCACGUCUCUACCGAAGUCGGCGUCCUGGGUAUCACGCUUUAUGUGUUGGGCUUUGCUUUCGGGCCCAUCCUCUGGGGCCCUGGUUCCGAGCUGCUGGGCCGCAAGCUUCCCCUGGUCGUCGCGAUGUUCGGAUUCGGCGUCUUUGCCGUUGCAGCCGCCACCGCUAAAGACUAUCAGACACUGAUGCUCGCACGUUUCUUCAGUGGCUUCUUCGCGGCUUGUCCCUUGGCGAUUGUCCCCGCCUGCUUCGCCGAUAUGUACGACGACAGCCAGCGUGGCAUUGCAAUCACCGCGUUUGCCAUGGCCGUCUUCUGUGGCCCCUUCGCCUCACCCUUUGUCGGUGGCUUUAUUGCCGAUAGCCAUCUGCGCUGGCGCUGGACCAUGUAUAUCGCCUCCAUCAUGGGCUUCCUCUCCACUUUCCUCACCCUUUUCACGAAAGAGACAUACGCACCCGCGGUCCUCGUUGCCAAGGCCGGCCGAAUUCGACGGGAGACGAAGAACUUUGCCAUUCACGCGAAGCAAGAGGAGGUCGAGGUGGACUUUCUGGAGCUCGUCGACGAGAAUUUCAUGCGACCAAUCCGGAUGCUGUUCACUGAACCCAUCAUUUUCCUGAUCACCCUGUAUAUGUCCUUCAUCUACGGCCUCAUCUACCUGUUCUUGGGCGCCUACCCGAUCAUUUUCCAAGGCGUGCACGGCAUGAACGAGGGUGUGGGUGGCUUACCAUUCAUUGGUCUGAUCAUCGGCCAGUUCUGUGGUGGCAUCUACAUCAUGAUUGAUCAGGUGGCAUACAAGAAGAAGCUCGUUCGCAACCACGGCGUCCAGAUCCCGGAAUGGCGACUCCCACCCGUCAUUGUUGGCGCCAUCGCCUUCUCCAUUGGGCUUUUCUGGCUCGGCUGGACGGGCUGGAACAAAUCGAUCCAUUGGCUCGCGCCGACUGCUUCGGGCGUGGUGACUGGCUUCGGUAUCCUUUGCAUCUUCUUGCAGUGCUUCAACUACAUCAUUGACACGUAUUUGAUGUUCGCUGCCUCGGCCAUCGCCGCCAACUCCCUACUUCGAUCGUUCUUCGGCGCAGGAUUCCCCCUGUUCGCGGACCAGAUGUUCCACAACUUGGGCAUCCAGUGGGCUGGGACCUUGCUGGGCUGCCUCGCCGCGGUCAUGAUUCCCAUUCCUGUGGUCUUUUACAUCUGGGGCCACAAGAUCCGGGGAUGGAGCAAGACCACAGUGAGCAGGGAGGCGGCUGGGAGCGACGAGGAGGACAUGCGACGGGAGAAGAGUGAGAUUGAGGUUUGA